AUGGCGGCAGUAAUGAGAAUCUUGGCAUACUUAAAGUCUGCCCCGGGAAAGGGAAUUUUGUAUGAACAUCAUGGACAUAUGAGGAUCGAGGGAUUUACUGAUGUUGAUUGGGAAGGUGAUGUGACUGACAAACGAUCUACAUCUGGGUAUUUCACAUUUGUUGGAGGUAAUUUAGUUACGUGGCUGAACAAGAAGCAGAAUGUGAAAGAGGCGAUGAAAUUGUAUUGUGACAAUAAGUUUACUAGAGAAAUAGCUGAGAAUCCGAAGAUUUCCAAGGAUAACAAUACUGAGCCGACUGAAUUUGAAGAGUCGGUUGCUCAAGCAGUAUUUGAUUUGGAAAACACAAAUCAGGAGCUGAAGAGUGACCUGAAGGAUCUCUAUAUCAACUCAGCAAUUCAAGUUGAUGCGUAUGGAAGCAAGAAGGCCGCGGUUAUCCAUGUGCCCUAUAGGCUUAGGAAGGCUUAUCGCAAGAUCCUUGUUCGCCUCGUGAGGGAGCUUGAGAAGAAGUUCAGUGGGAAGGAUGUGAUCCUGAUUGCCACACGUAGGAUUGUGAGGCCUCCUAAGAAAGGGUCAGCUGCUCAACGUCCCCGCAGUCGUACACUAACUGCUGUGCAUGAAGCAAUGUUGGAAGAUGUUGUGUUGCCUGCUGAGAUUAUUGGAAAGCGCAUCAGAUACUGUCUGGAUGGAUCCAAGACAAUGAAGGUAUUCUUGGACCCCAAGGAACGAAACAACACCGAGUACAAGCUGGAGAGCUUCCCUGCUGUUUACCGGAAGCUUUCAGGAAAGGAUGUUGUGUUCGAGUAACCAAUCACCGAAGCAUAGAAAUAUUUGGUUUA